AUGGCUGACAAAGCAUGGUCCCUCUCGAAUGAACAGCGGGCUGAGACUGUCUCCAGGGUGGGACAAAAUAUCGAAUCUUUGGCAUUCAGCCGUGGUAUCGAGAUCAACGAUGCGGAAGCGCACUCAAUCGCCACUACCGUUGAGAAGAAGGCUUACACAACUGCAUCCGUGGAGGCCACCACCACAACAGGCUUCAGGCCGCAUGAUGAAGUCCUCAAAUCAUACGCAAGAAAACUGGCCGAACUGGUCCUUGACAAGGUGAAGGCCAGCGGUGGCAAGGCAGAAAAGGCCGAAGGUACAAAUGACAGCUCGGAGCUGGACCUGGCGGGAGAUCGCGAGUUCCUGACUGCUGAAUCGGCCUCUGAAGCCCUGGCUCCCCUGCUUGCCGAGGGAUCCACCAUCACCAAGAUCAAGCUGAGCACGAAGAGCUUCGGGAGGGACGCUGCGGAGACGGCGGCAAAGGCAAUCGCCAACGUGGCGGCCAGCCUUGAGCAUGCUGACCUCAGCGACAUCAUCGCUGGCCGGCCAGAGGCUGAGGCGCUCGAAGCGAUGCGCAUAAUCUCCGGAGCGCUCGCGCAAGUGCAGCUCAGGUCCCUGAACCUGAGUGACAAUGCGCUGGGAGAGAAGGGAGUGCGCGCCUUUGCAGCCGCCAUCUCAGACCAGGCAUGUCUCACACCUUUUACCAACUGCUCUGCGCGUAGAAAGGCGUUUGUUGCAGUCCUGUCGUCCAGGGGUCUGGCAGCAGAUCCAUGUUGCCUAGCGGGGCUGCAGCGGCUGGCGUUCCAGAACGUGGGCUGCUCCAUCCACGCCUGCCAGGCUGUGGCCGAGCUGGUGCAGCACAGCGGCGAUCUGCGCGCGCUGCACCUCUACAACAACAUGUCCGAUGACGAGGGCGCCAUUGCCAUCGCACAGAUUCUAUCGCGGGCGCCGGUGAUGGAGGACUUCCGCAUGGCUUCCUCUCGCGUGGGCGCCGAGGGAGGCAUCGCCCUCGCACAGGGCCUCUCCGCCGGGAGCAGCCUACUGAAGCUGGACCUGAGCGACAACCCCAUGACGGCUGAGGUGGCGCCCGCGCUGGCAGAGGCGGUGCGCGGCCAGGAGAGCCUGCAAUUGCUCAACCUCAAUGACGUGGCGCUCGGGGACGAGGGCAUCGAGGGCAUCGCUGAGGCGUUGCCUGCGAACCUGGUGGAGCUGCACCUGGCGCUGAAUGAAGUGACACCAGAGGGAGCCUCUGCGCUGGCGGCCUCGCUUGGGCGGCUGGGCCGACUACAGGUGCUGGGCCUGCGCGAGAAUGAGCUUGAGAACGACGGCGCGGCGGCCAUCGCUGCGGCGAUCGGGCGUCUGGGCGCUGUGGCUCUGGCAAAGGCGGUGGCGAGCAGUGGAGCAAAACUUGAGCGACUGGAUUUGGACGAUAACCAGAUCUCAGAGGGCGGCAUUGAUCAGAUAAAGGAAAUACUGGAGAGGGCGGGGCUGUCUCAUGCGCUGUCAUUGGAAGACAAUGACCCCGAUGCUGACGAGGACGGAGAUGAGGGUGACGAAGAGGGUAUAGCGCUGUACUGGUCUGUCAUGACUUUAUACCUGUCAAUGAGAGUGACAUUCAUGGCGCAAAUGACAUCCAUGACAAUUCAUCUGGGAUCCCACGGUCGCAAUCCGGUCUGUUUGGAUUUCCAGCAGAGAGGAGGAAGGAGAUGCCUUUCAGUUGUGAACAUGAAGAAGGACAUCCACCCUCAGUAUUUUGAGGAGUCGAAGGUGUUCUGCAAUGGAGAGGAGGUCAUGACAGUCAGUGGGACAAAGGAGAAAUACGUGGUGGAUGUCUGGUCUGGAAACCACCCCUUCUUCCAGGGAACACAGGAGGCGCUGAUCUUGGAUGAGGGUCGCGUGAACAAGUUCAACAAGCGCUUUGCAACACUCGGCGCCUAUGGCAAGGUUGCGCCAUCAGCAGUGGGCGGAGACAAGAAGCUGGAAUACAAGGGAGGCAAGGACAAGGGGAAGAAGGGCAAGGGCAAGAGGUAGCCGCCCGGCUGAGGCCCUGUGGAGUAAUUUCCGUUGCACGAUAAUAUGAGGACAUUAAAGAACAGCACAGUAGUGUAAGAUCCAACCCUAGUGAAAGGCAGGGGUUGUUUACAUAAGGGCAUGCGUGCAGUGUUACACUGAAUAGCUGACGCGUUGCACGAUAGCUGGUAACGCAUGCUAUUAAGCUGUUGCAAUCGAAGCAUUCAUUGGGGCAGCAGACACCGCGAAGAGGCUGUGCCUAAAAUUUCAGGUCACUGCAAAAUUUGAGGUUCAGGUAUGCGAUGCAUAGGUUGCCCUUUGUCCCUAUGGUUGGCAGCGGUACUGGCAAAAAAUUGUAUAUUUUUACAUGGGUUAAGCACAGAGUCCAGUACUGCAGAGCUGUCUUUAUCAAUUCACCUCAUGAGUCGCCGCACAUGCAGGAAAAAAGAAAAGUGCAGUUCAACACGCUUGUUGCCAUGAAAGGUCUCGAUUGCUCUGCAUAAAAUCGUCUGCAAGA